AUGAAGUAUUUUUCUCUUCAACAUUCAAAUCUAUCUGCUGUAUUGUGCUUGUUUGGGGAGAAGAGUAUAACUCUAGAGUUUCUUCUGAAGUCGUUUCGGGAAUGUAUCACGGCAGAGGAUAGGGAGGUGUUGAAUAUGUGUCUAAGAGAUAACUUUAACUCCCAAGAUCAUGAUGGUAAUGAUGAUGAUGAUAAUGUGCCGGAGUUUCUCUUCACAUGCAAAUGUUUUCGAAAGUCCGACAAAGACAACAUCAGAUCCAUCAUCAGCGAGCUUGCUCAUCAAGAGCUCAUCCAGAAACCGAGAUAUGUGUUACAUUGCUGGGCUCCUAUACAGGAUGUGCAACGAUGUGAACACAGCUUCUAA